AUGUACGUCUACAAAAGAGACGGCCACAAGGAGCCCGUGCGCUUCGAUAAGAUCACCGCCAGAGUGCAGAGGUUGUGUUACGGUUUGGACACCGAGCACGUUGAUGCUGUUGCCAUCACCCAGAGAGUCAUUUCGGGUGUUUACCAAGGUGUGAAUACUAUUGAGUUGGACAACUUGGCUGCUGAGACUGCUGCUUACAUGACGACGAUCCACCCAGACUAUGCUAUUUUGGCUGCCAGAAUUGCUGUUUCCAACUUGCACAAGCAAACCACCAAGCAGUUCUCCCAGGUUGCUAAGACCUUGUGGGAGUACGUCAACCCAAAGACAGACUUGCACUCGCCUAUGAUUUCUAAAGAGACUUACGAUAUUAUCUGUGAGAACGAGAACGAGUUGAACUCGGCCAUUGUCUACGACAGAGACUUCAACUAUAACUACUUUGGUUUCAAAACCUUGGAGCGUUCCUACUUGCUUAGAGUCAACGGUAAGGUCGCCGAGAGACCUCAGCACUUGCUUAUGAGAGUCGCUGUUGGUGUUCACGGUAGAGACAUCGAGCGUGUCAUUGAGACUUACAACUUGAUGUCCCAGAGAUACUUCACCCACGCGUCUCCAACCUUGUUCAACGCUGGUACUCCAAGCCCACAGAUGUCCUCUUGUUUCCUUGUCGCCAUGAAGGAAGACUCCAUCGACGGUAUCUACGACACCUUGAAGACCUGUGCUUUGAUUUCCAAGAGUGCUGGUGGUAUCGGUUUGCACAUCCACAACAUCAGAGGCACUGGUGCUUACAUUGCUGGAACAAACGGUACUUCCAACGGUAUCAUUCCUAUGGUCCGUGUGUUCAACAACACUGCUCGUUACGUUGACCAGGGUGGUAACAAGAGACCUGGUGCUUUCGCUCUUUACUUGGAGCCAUGGCACUCGGACAUCUUCGACUUCAUCGACAUCAGAAAGAACCACGGUAAGGAAGAGAUCAGAGCUAGAGACUUGUUCCCUGCCCUUUGGAUUCCAGACUUGUUCAUGAAGAGAGUUGAGCUGAACGGUGACUGGACCUUGUUCUCUCCUAACGAGGCUCCAGGUUUGGCUGACCACUACGGUGACGAGUUCGUUGAGUUGUACGAGAGAUACGAGAGAGAGGGCCGUGGUAGAUCCACCAUCAAGGCUCAGAAGCUUUGGUACUCUAUCUUGGAGGCUCAGACCGAGACUGGUACUCCAUUCAUGUUGUACAAGGACGCUUGUAACGAGAAGACUAACCAGAAGAACUUGGGUAUGAUCAAGUCUUCUAACUUGUGUUGCGAGAUUGUUGAGUACUCUUCCCCAGAGGAAGUUGCUGUCUGUAACUUGGCUUCUAUCGCUUUGCCAUCUUUCGUUCAGAAGGACGCCAACUCUUGUUGGUACGACUUUGACAAGUUGCACGAGGUCGUCAAGGUUAUCACCAGAAACUUGAACAGAAUCAUCGACCGUAACUACUACCCAGUUGAGGAGGCCAAGAGAUCUAACUUCAAGAACAGACCAAUCGCUCUUGGUGUGCAAGGUCUUGCUGAUGCUUUCAUGGCUUUGAGAUUGCCAUUUGACUCUCAAGAGGCUAAGGAAUUGAACAUCCAGAUCUUCGAGACUAUCUACCACGGUGCCGUUGAGGCCUCUAUUGAGUUGGCCGUUGAGGAGGGCCCAUACGAGACCUACGAAGGUUCUCCAGCUUCCAAGGGCUUGUUGCAAUACGACUUGUGGGGCAGAAAGCCAUCAGACUUGUGGGACUGGGACACAUUGAAGCAGAACAUGGCCAAGCACGGUCUUAGAAACUCGUUGCUUGUGGCUCCAAUGCCUACUGCUUCUACUUCCCAGAUCUUGGGUAACAACGAGUGCUUCGAACCAUACACAUCUAACAUCUACUCUAGAAGAGUGCUUGCCGGUGAGUUCCAGAUCGUCAACCCACACAUGUUGAAGGAUUUGGUUGACUUGGGUAUUUGGAACGACUCCAUGAAGAGUAAUAUCAUCAGUAACAACGGUUCUAUCCAGUCGUUGCCUAACGUGCCAGACGAGAUCAAGGCAUUGUACAAGACCGUUUGGGAGAUUUCUCAGAAGCAUAUUAUCGACAUGGCUGCCGACAGAGCUGCUUUCAUUGACCAGUCGCAGUCGUUGAACAUCCACAUCAAGGACCCAACCAUGGGUAAGUUGACGUCGAUGCACUUUUACGGAUGGAAGAAGGGAUUGAAGACGGGUAUGUACUACUUGAGAACACAGGCUGCCGCCGCAGCUAUCCAGUUCACCAUCGACAAGAGCAGUGUUGGCGAGGCCGGCAAGACGAUUGCCUCUUUGGAGAAGUUGAACCAGAGAAAGUACCUUCCGAAACGCCUUGUGGAGUCUUCUUCUACCCCAUCGCCCAACGUCACCAGCGUGAGCGAGGAGAACGCCAGAGCCGUAUCCACAGAGCCAUCUCUGUUGGAGAACCUGGUUGCGGAGUUGCAGCUUGAAGACAAGACAGAGGAGAAGGGUAGCGGCGAAGAAGGAGCCGGCGACAAGAAGGCCGAGGAAGGCGAGAGUGAUAUCUACAGCUCACAAGUGAUUGCUUGUGCGAUCAACAACCCAGAGUCGUGCACCAUGUGUUCUGGAUGA